AAAACAUUUAAUGGCUUUUGAUAUUUUGUAAAAAAAUCAAGAAAACAUACUAUAAAAGAAAGUUGAAAAAAACAUUUUAACCCUCAAAUUGAUUGAAAACAAAGAUGUUUUCGUAAAAAUUAAAAGCAGUGCCGUCUUUGGUCUUGGACGAUCUAAUUUUGUGAUUGUUGUAUAGUGUAAAUUCUCAAAAACAAACAUCCAAAUAAUUGUGUCACGAGAAAGGCAGCAUAAUAACCCUGCGUUUAUGUUGAUAUGUCAAAUAGUUCUCUAGGCCAAGCUCCCAAUAUGCCCACUCUCGGAUCGCUAAACAAUCAAGGCAUUCAGUACGUGAACAAUCCGCUCCAAAGUCCUCAAAUCCAAUCAGCGUCGUUACAAGGCUCGCCUUCUCAGCACAGUCCGAUGGGUACCCAGCCACAGGUCGGCUCCAAAGUCAAUCAGGGAGGCGGGGAUCAGGCCUCACAGUAUCUCACAAGACCUCGACUACAGGAACUUGUAAGAGAAGUAGAUCCCACAGUGCAGUUGGACGAAGAGGUGGAAGAGACCCUCCUUCAGUUGGCAGAUGAUUUCAUUGACACCACCCUCAGUGCCGCGUGCACACUCGCCAAGCACAGACACGCUUCCAAUGUGGAGCUUAGAGAUGUACAGAUAUAUUUAGAAAGGCAAUGGAACAUGUGGAUACCAGGGUUCGGCAACGACGAGCUACGGCCGUACAAACGCGCCGCAGUCACGGAGUCGCAUAAGCAAAGGAUGGCACUUAUCAGGAAAACUAUCAAAAAAUACUAGGUGGAGAUACCUGUCUGUCUUCAUAUUUUUGUUAACAGUAUGGUAGCUGUAAGGCGGGAUCUUGAUAGCGUAAUGAAACACGGGACGUUCGAUAAAAUACUGUCUUUAUUCUAAUGUUUAUACACCUUAUAUACUUACACUCUACAUAGCCUGUUAAAAUUUUGGCCAUUCAAAUUUUGUCUCAGCAAUAAAACCAUAAUUAUGUAA